UGCAUAUCUAUCAACACCACUGAAAACGAAAAAGAAGAAGAAGGAAACAAUGUUCGGUUGCACGUGUAGUUUUUAAAAAAAUAAAUAAACGAAAUAAGAGGCAAAUUAUGGCGGAAUUAAAUGAAAAAACCAAGAAUUCGAAUACAUUUCGGUUCAAAAGUUUUGCUGAACGUGUGAAUGAAAUCGACUUAAGGCGCUUGGCCCUGUACCACAUUGGACACGAAAAUGAAGAUCUUGUUGAAGAAAAUGAAACAUACUUCCAUCAAACUCUCCGCAAAUGGAUGGUUUUAAAUCUGACAACAGAGUUCUCACAGUUCUCACGAAAAGUUGUAAAGGUCGUAACGUUGCCACAGCUGCUACACCAAAAGGAUUUUGUCAUCGAUACGCUAUUGGACAAGCUAUCAUGCGCCACAAAUUUAUCCCUGCAACCUUUACUGGAACUCCUCUACGUAUUAGCACGAGAUUUGCGAGAGGAAUUCUAUCAAUAUUUCCAGAGAGUUCUGGACAGACUAAUAUGUUUGCUCAAUACCCAAGAUGCAGAACAACUAGAGUGGACAUUAGUGUGUCUAGCCUAUCUUUUCAAAACCUUGAAGCCCUAUUUAAAACGAAAUAUAGGCAUUGUGUUCCAUAGUAUAUUACCACUAUUGGAUGAAAGACGUUACGAAGAACAUGUUACAAAUUUCGCAGUGGAGUGUUUCUCCUUCAUCGCGCGUGAUGUAAAGGAGUAUGGAAAAUUUUUGGAUUUUGUUUUGUCCACGGUAUCACGUGAGCAAAUCGAUAGUAUACAAGGAUGUGGUCGUUUGCUCUUCGAGAUAAUGCGAGGUGUAAAGGGUCAGUUUCAUUCCACAGCUGGAGAUUUUCUACAGUUUAUAUUCGAAGCUUUGGCAGAAAGGAAAGAUAUCAAGCAUCAACAGCUUAAUUUGCUUCACGAUAUUGUCGAACACACUGUGCUACAGCUGACUAAGUUUAUCACAUCAUCCCAAAUGUCAUUAUUUUGGACAAAAUUGUGUGCAGUAGCAGACAGCCAACCCGUAGUUAAAAAACUGAAGUUUUUAAUGAAAAUUGCUUUGCAAGUAAUUCAGUUCAAGGAUGGACGUCUCUUAUCCGAAAUGGAUGUCAUCGUGGCAACUAUCUUGAGAAUUAUAGAUAGAGGAAUGCAAGAUGAAAAAUCUUCCGAAGACACUUUAUUGUUAACCAGCAAUGUUAUUUGCUCCAUAUUAUUAUCGGGUUCUUCCUUGGUUACCCAAUUGGAUACCAGUCGUUUAAUGAAAAAAGCUUUAACCAUAAAGAACCGAUCAAUUUAUGAUGAAUUUGUACUUUCAAUGGCUCUGCAUGUUCAGUUCGAUAUUUUCAUUCUACCAUCUCUGGUACAAUAUUUGGAAACCAAUUUUGAUUUACAGGCCAUCGAACUAAUGGCAAGGGUCAUAACAAAGAAACACCCCCUCAAUUUUAACAGCUGUUCUUUGGAUCAAUGGCAGUCGAUGGAAAUAAAAGUGAAUUCAGUGCAAACCAUUAUCCGCAUUGAAGAUAGUUUAGAAAAAUGUAACUCGAAGAGCAAAGAAUUUGAGCAAAAUCUGUUAUUGCUGAUUAUGGCACCCCAUAUAAAAGGAUUAAAGGCUGAAAAAAUACAAAAAUCUCUAGAAUAUCUAAUGAAAUCUACAGUUAAUGAAAUGCAAGCUUCAAAAACUGAGGAUCUUAAGAGACCGCUUAAUACAUUAACUCUUCUCAUUGAGAUAAUGUGGCAAUUGGAUUUAUUUCCACCGAAAGAUAUUUUGAAACCAUUGACAGAAAUUUUAUUGAACAAUCUGCAGUACAAAAAUGUUUUGGGGUCCUUGAAUCAAUUAAUAUCCAAAAACAGUAAAUUGUUUAAGCACGAAACCAGGUUAAUCCCCAGUCUGUCAUAUAUUUUACAACACCACGAUCACGACUAUCGUCUAUUGGCCGCACAGUCACUGAGUGUCCUGUUCAAGGGCCAAGAAACCCAAACCCCUUACCACAUAUUUUACCAGACUGAAUUAAUUGAACCCAAUAUUCACAAUUAUAGGGAGCAGAUCUUGUUGAUACAAAAAUUGGAAACGCAAACGGAUCUGUUUAAAUCGUUUAAAGAAGCCACAUACAAAAACGAUUGUAUUCGCUUUUUGUUGGGCAUGCUGUAUCAUAAUUUUAAAUUUGUUUGGGAACCAACCCUCAAACUUUUGGAAGAUUAUGCCAAAGAAGUUGAGCCGGCAACUUUUUGGUCAAUUUACCAAGAUAAGAUGCAGAAAACAUUGGACAGUGUUGAUUAUUCUAAAGAACACUUUAACCAAGAAGAUGAAGUCAUCGAGGAAAUUUGGAACUCCAAGACAAUGAAUGCAAUCUUGCCCUUGAAAAAGGAAAGACAAUUGACCCAACAGCAAAUACUGAAUUACCGCAUAUUAUUGUGGCAACAUCUACCCCAAUUUGGCAAGUUGUUUGAAAUGAAAAACCGAGAUUUAGUUGCAAUCUUUUUGAAAUUUAUCGAAGAGGAAUACCAACAGCACUUGGAGAAAAAAGAAAACUGCUGGGAUCUAAAUGCAAUGACUAACAAAAAAAUAGACCUAGAUCUGGAUGAAGUUGAUAAAGAGGAUGAGACGAAAGCCAAGUUUAAGAGAGUGGCCAAAAUUGGAGGUCAAGACAAUGCGCGGGCCAAGUUUAUAUUGCAGACUUUGCAGUGCAAACUAUCUGUUUUGGCUGUUCAACAGAAUCCGCGCGCCUUAUUCAAAGAAACAGAACUCUGGCACUUGUACAUGCAGCUACUAAAAGGCUCUAAUAACCAAUUACAAAAGUGUGCAUUGGAUUGUGUCAUGUCAUACAAAUCCAAAUCGCUAAUGCUAUAUAAGGAGCUGUUUUACAAUAUUUUAGAUGAAAAGAAAUUCAAAGAUGAGUUGCUCAACUUUAAGGUGGACACUGUGUCAGAAGAACAUCGGGAACAAUUCAUGCACAUCUUUCUACGUUUGCUGUACGGAAAGAUGAUUACGAAAGGCUCUCAAAAGGGACUAAGUCCGCAACAAAGAAAGUCGAUAAUUCUCCGAUUUUUGGGGCAGUGCAAACUUACGGAAAUAGAAUGGUUUAUGCAAAUGGCCUUCGGAUUAUAUACCCAGUUUACAGACGAGGCCAACCCUAUUGAACAAAUACCUAAAAUUGUGAGGACUAACUUUAAUAUUUCUGCCGUGUGGUCCCCGAAAAAACUCCAAAGCGUUGUUAACUUACUUGAAUUAAUACGCAAAGAGUUUGGUGGCAUUAUGCAGGAGACGUUUCAUGUGUACAUGUUGAAGCUGCUAGUUUUCAUAGGGGCCACUUGCAAUGAAGUCCUAAGUUUGAACGCAUCAUUAUUGCAUCCGAAAAUGCCAAUAGUUUUCCGUAAUCUGAAGCAAAAUGCUUUGGAAAGCCUAGUCAACUUCUUCGAGCAUAUUGAGGAAUUUGAAUGGAAGCCCACUAUUGUUGCAUGCCUUACAAACGUUUUUGUCUAUCCGUCAUUGGAAAAGUUACCUUUGGAAUGCAUACAUGCACCCACAUCGUUGUUAAAACUAUUGCUUCUUUGGGGUGAAAAACCGAAACACUUCCAUUUCCUCAGUCAGGCUAUGGAUGGUUCUGAAAAAACCAUCUUCCAUUACAUCAUCGCGUUGCUUUUGAACGAUAAAUCAAAAGCAUUGGUAAGGAAACCUAUAAUGGGUCUAAUUGAACGACUAUUGGUGGCUUCUGAAAGUGAAUUGGAGUGUUCAGAUGAUGGAUUAGCCUUGGUGAAGCCAUACAUUCCGGAACUACUACAAAGACUAAAGAUGAACUUCUCCAGCAAGGGAUCGAAACAGUCGUUGGAUAAACGUGACUUGAAUAUAUUGUCAAUGUUAACCAAACACGUUGAGGAACCCGAAAUCUGUGACAGUUUACUGGAACUCUUGUUGCCUAUACUGAUAGCCAAAACUCAAACCCAAUCCAAUGUGGAAGUGGUAGCGCAAGUUAUAACAACAUUGUCAAACCUUAUUAAACGUCUUGAACGCCCGGAAAUGUAUGUUAGGAAGAUAGCUCCCCUAUUUGAACACGUGUCGGAAGUGUCUGCUCGCAAGCAGCUGUGUGAUUUGAUAGCUGACAUAGCAAAAAUAAAACAUAAACAGGCUCCAAAUUCGCCCAUUACGAAAAAUCUGAAGUUCACUGCUCGGAUUAUGAUACUCCUGAAUGCCUGGGAUAAACGUUGGGUGGAACAACCUGACUAUGAGAAAAGAUUGGAUGCCCUGAAGGAACUCAAAGAGCAAAUUGAAUCUCCAGAGGGCUUAGACAUGGACCUGGGAGUUUUGGUAAUAUUUAAUUGCAUAUACUUCCUCCGACACGACAAGGACAUGGGAUUGCGUGACAACGCAAGUGAACAUUUGAGGCUUUUGCUACCGCACCUUACGAAGAAAUAUUCCACCGAUAAACAGCAAAUGAGGUACUUAGUGGGAGAUAUUUUUCUAAAUCUGAUACGGCGCAUUAUUAAAGACGCCAAUGAAAAUGUCCGUAACGAAGGUAUUCGUUUAUUGGGCGAAAUGGUAAGAGAAUGUCCUGAUUCUCACGAAAUACUUAAGGACUUAAGUGGCCUUGGUGACAAAGUAGAUCCCGAGGUUGAUUUCUUCGAGAACAUGAUACACUUGCAGUCACACCGCCAUGGUAGAGCCCUGCUAAAAUUUAAUGCUAUGUCAGCGACUCUUUCUACCCCACCUUGUGUGCGAACUCUUACACAAAUCAUUCUUCCUUUAGCUUCACGUUACCUCCUGCAGGAGAAGCAUGCUAGCAAGCAUACACUCGUCGAUGCAGCAAUUGAAACAGUUGGAGUAGUAUGCCAAUUAUUGCCGUGGCAGCAUUACUACACAAUUCUGCGUUAUUAUUUGAUGAAAAUGCGUUCCUCGCACGACUAUCAGAAGCAAUGCGUACGCAUUGUUGUCAGGAUAUUGGAUGCGUUUCAUUUCGACCUUACAUUGUCUCAGAAUGAUGCAGAGACCAUUGAAAAGCUUAAAGCAACUAUCAAGACCGAUGCCGAUAAUGAGUUAGAACAAACAGGCGUUAAGGACGAUCAAGCUAAUGAAGACAAAAAGGGUGAUGACGACGAUGAAGGCGAUGAAACUUCCAGGGGGACUGAAGAGGACAAUUUAGAAGAAGCGCUGGAAAACAACAUUCAACUCGUUGAAGACGAAGUCUCCAAUAAGGAAGAGGGUGCAGCUAAGGGUGAAUCGUGCAUGAAACGUCCACUACUUUUGUCAUGCUCUGCUUCCAAAAAAGUUCUGACCACAAUUACAUCCAUAUUAAUUCCAACACUUAAUCGUUCCAUAACGGAACAAUCCUCUUAUGAUACCAAACACAAAGUGAAUCGGAAAAGGCUUAGUAUUGAACGAGAAGAAGAGGAAAUUCUAAGAGUUCCAAUUGCUCUAGCAUUGGUGAAACUCAUGCAGAAGCUACCGAAAGAGUUGAUGGACUCCAGUUUACCAGGUGUUUUUAUGAAGGUCUGUACCUUCUUAAGGUCUCCACUGAAAUCCGUAAGAAUGCUGACUCGCGAUAUUUUAAAGAAAAUCAUGCUGUGCCUUGGAUCUGAGUAUCUUUCCAUGCUUGUAAGCCAUUUGCAGAAUCUUCUAACAAGAGGCUUCCAAGUGCAUGUUUUGUCAGUUACAAUACACGGUGUCCUUGAUGCCCUGCGUGAUGUCGUUCAACCAGGUGACAUAGAGUGCUGUCUCCACAAUUUAUUGGAAGUGGCCCUAAACGAUAUUUUUGGCGAUGUCAGUGCAGAGAAAGAAGUAGACAGAUUAACAUCUCACACACCUGAGGCCAAACCAAGCGCUAAAAGUUAUCUCGUACUACACAUAAUCGCUCGAAACAUCCAAGAAAACUGUCUGCUGGACUUAUUACUUCCUUUUAAAGAUCACUUGGCACGAUCGAAAUCGCGAAAGCUGACGUUAAAAAUUCAGGAAUGCUUUGCGAAGAUUGUAAAUGGUUUGGUGGAAAAUGCGCACAUAUCACGUGAAAGCCUACUGAUCUUUAUAUAUGGUACAAUAUCCGAAAGCAUUACUGACCUUUUGCCGGGCAUCCAGCGGAGAGUGUUAUCGGAACAGGAAAAGGAAAAAAUGCGACGAGCAAGACCAGAUUGCUUUAUAAUACAACCACCGCCACAGCGAUCAGGAGCGCUAAACAAAAAAAUCAAGACAAAUGCCCAGGCGAACGCUCACAUUCUUAUUGAGUUUGGUCUGGAGAUGUUACAUAUAGUUUUAAAACGUAAAAAACUCCAAAAUAUAGAUUAUGAACCCUUCAUCAAUCCCAUUCUCCCACUUCUUCGAGAUUCUCUGAAGAGCACUCACAUUCGAGUCACAACGUUCGCUCUCAAGUGCUUUGCCACACUCUGGGUAGAGGAAUAUGAAUUAAAAGCCAUGAAGGACGAUGAAUAUAUAAAAUCUGUUGUUGCAAGAAUGUUUGAAAUACUUAAAAAUUUCUCAACUUUCGGUGCCACGAAACAGGAAGACAACUUCCAAUUGAUGAAAUCGGCUUUCAAAGCCAUCGUGGCAUUACUUAGGAAAUGCACCUAUUAUGACCUUACCGAAGAGCAGGUUGAUGAAUUGAUUUUAUACGUAGAACAAGAUCUACAUGAUGGCGAAAAUCAGUCUAUGACUUUCAAUCUGCUGAAGGCCCUGUUGAAUCGCAAAGUGCAGUGUAAAGCAAUUCAUGAUAUCAUGAAGAAGAUUGGUGAGAUGUGUGUUGUCUCGCCGUCUGAAUAUGUUCGUGAUGAGUCUCGGAACUUAUUGACCACAUAUGUUAUGGAAUAUCCGCUUAAUAAGAAGGUGGAUCACAUCGUUAAGUUCUUUACGGUGCAGUUGUGUUUUUCUUUGUCCGCUGGUCGGCUAUCUGCCAUAGAAUUUAUCUGCACCGUCAUCAAGAAAUUCCCACUGACUAUAUUAACGAAGAAAGCCGAAUUCUUAUAUCUUUCGCUCGGCACUAGACUUGUAAAUGACGAGGAUCCCGAAUGUCGCAAAGCAGUUGCCAAUUGCAUUGAAAUUUUGAUUGGCAGAUUGGAGAAAUCAAGUCGCCAACAUUUAUUCGACUUGACAUUGUUGUUCUUUAAGGCCAAUAAUAAACCUUCAGUUCGUGAAAUGGGGGCGGCAUUGUGCUCGAGAUUUUUAUGUUCGGAAAAACAAUCGUUUGCUCCUCGUCUCAAAGUGCUGUUACCAACAUUAGUUGCAAGGUUGAAUCAGGAUAGUUCAACCAAUGAUGGUCGGUUUGUAAGGGCUCCACACACAGACUCCUUACCAGAUAAUGAUGUCAGCGGUAUUCCCAAAAAGAAGAAAUACAAGUCAAAACAAUCACCAGAGUUUAUUGAAAAUAAAUACCUAGAAAAAGAAGUCAAUGAAGUAUUGCAAGAUAAGGGAUUCCAAGAGGAAGAGGAGGAACUGGAGCGAAAGCAACGGUCGCUAGAUCAUGAAAUGAUUCAAGUGCAGUACUGUCUACUGAAAGUAUUCGAAUAUUGUUCCUCAGAAUUGUUAAAGAUAAGUGAGUUGACCAGCGUGGUGGAUGAACUGGCAUACGAGUCGCAGCGUUUAUUAGCUCACGAUCACAAUUGGGUCCGAUGUAAUGCCGCCAAAAUCAUUGGUCAUAUUCUUAGCGGAUACGAUUUUGACUAUAUCGGUCGCAAGCUAUCACAAGCUGAUUUUGAAGAUAGCAGAAGUAGUUUAAAUAAGUUGGAUUUUAUUUACUUAAAUCCCGAAUAUGAUAUCAAGUCAUUGGUUUUGGAUUUGUGCGCGCAAAUGAUACCCGGCGAAACAUCUCAGUUAAUGAUAGACGAAAUCGUUAAAAUAUUCCUUUAUAUUGCGACGAUGCUUAAAGAUGUUCCAUUCAGUGUUAAACGACAAAGUGAGAACAUAGAGGACGAUCAGGAGAAUAUGGAAGAUAAAGAGCCAGCAACCAACAUUAAUCUUAAUUGGCUUUUAAAGCAAAUUCGGUUUUUGAUAAAUAAAGAAGUAGUUAAAGCGUCCCACAGCACAAGUAUGCGAAUGUCGUUGUUCACGCUUUUGGAAGGACUUAUUACACUAUUGAACGUUGAUCAGUUGCAAAAACUGGGACCUGGCAUCCUCGGAGCUUUAGUAAGAGAAAUGUCUGAAGAAGAUCAAAAUGUUGAUGCAGAUUUGAGACAAGUAGCUUUGCGUGUUGGCAGCCGCCUAAGAAAACGUGUAGGAUCCGAUGUAUAUGAUAAGUUGCGUGCAAAUGCUCAGAUGAAGCUAAUGAUUCGCCGAGCUGAUCGCAAAAAAGUCUUAGCUCAAGAAAAAAUCCACGAUCCUGUUCGAGCAGCCAAGCGGAAAGUAGCAAUCCAAGCACGUAAGAAGUCUGCCAAGAAAUUAAAGGCUAGUGUCAUGAGGGGAAAAACGGUAGAUCUUAAGCAGAAACUAAAGAAGCGGAAACGUAAAGCAGAUGACAUUUUGUUUUAACAUUUAAUAGAAUAAUGUAGUUAUAAUUAGUUAUGUAUCUAGAUUUUAAGAGUACAUUUCAUGAAUUGUUAUUAUCCAAACCGUUUCACAAAUAAUAUGUUAUGGUUCAUGAGUUUUAUUUUUUUAA